CGACGCUUCGAAGCUCCAGAAACCCUCUCUCUCUCUCUCUCUCUCUCUCUCUCUCUCUCUCCCCUUCCUUCCCCGUGUCUUCCAGAAUGUUCCCUUCCGCCACCGCGCCACGCCUCGCCCUCACCCCGCGCUCCGUCGCCGCCGCCCGCCGCGCCAUGGCCUCCGCCGCCACCCCGCAGCCAAGCCCGCCCAGCCCCAAGGCGGUGCGGGUUGUGGUGAAGGGCCGGGUGCAGGGGGUCUUCUUCCGCGACUGGACGGUGGAGACGGCGCGCGCGCUGGGCCUCGCCGGCUGGGUCCGCAACCGCCGCGACGGCACCGUGGAGGCCCUCCUCUCCGGCGACCCCGCCAGGGUCGACGAGAUGGUGUCCCGCCACCUCCCCGUCGGCCCCCGCGCCGCCGCCGUCACCGCCGUCCUCCCCUCCCCCGCCGACCCCGUCGACCCCGCCGAGGGCUUCACCCGCAAGCCCACCGCCUGAGGAGGAAGACGACGUACUGCUUCUUGCUGUUUGAUGAUGCGAUAAAAUAAUCUUCACCUCUAAUCCUUACGAGUUUCACUGGGAGUGUUUGUUUCUCGAUCGAUGAGCGAUUUGAUCAUACGAUGUUUAGAAAUUUGUUCAGAUGUUGAUAAUGGCGGUGUGCCACUUUGCGGUUACUAUAUGCGCUGUUUGUGUCUUCAGAAACUGUUAGCAUGACACAACUUUUAAACUGUGUGCUUCUGUUCUGUUAAGAAUGAAAGUUUAUUAGCAGAUGAUGGUGAUCUCACCCAAAGGUUAA